AUGACCGACGAACCAACGCUUUCCGUGGAAGACACGCUUGCUGCCCUCAGGGCCGUCGGCGAAGCCACACGUUUGCGUCUUAUCGCAUUGCUGGCCGAAAGCGAGCUGACCGUGAAAGAUGCGACAGCGAUCCUCGGACAGAGCCAGCCGCGCAUCUCACGCCAUUUGAAACUUCUUGCCGAAGCGGAUCUGAUACAGCGAUUUCCUGAAGGGUCGUGGGUGUACUAUCGCCUGGCGGAUGGCCCUGAAGGUGAACUUGCGAGGGGACUGGUUGAACGUAUUUCCAGAGAAGAUCCCGUUCUUGCCGCUGAUCAGGAACGUUUCCGGGCCAUUCGCAAGGCCAAGGCGGAGGAGGCUGCUUCCUACUUCGCCGCACGUGCGCUCACCUGGGACAGGGAACGCUCCCUGCACGUUUCGGAAGAUGACGUGGAAACAGCCAUGCAAUCAGCGCUCGGGGAUACGCCGUUCCAGUCGUUUCUGGAUCUGGGAACGGGUACGGGCCGGCUGCUGGAAGUCUUUUCGGAACAGUAUUCCUCGGCGCUUGGCAUUGAUGCGUCGCACGACAUGCUGGCGGUGGCACGGGCAAAUCUGGCAAAAUCAAAACUUGGCAACGCACAGGUACGCCAUGGUGACGUCUAUGCCCUGAAUGUACCACCGCGGUCUUUCGACGUUGUCGCGAUCCAUCAGGUUCUGCACUUUCUCGAUGAACCGGCGCGGGCACUUGCCGAAGCUGCACGUGCCCUGCGGCCCGGCGGCCGCCUCAUGAUCAUCGACUUCGCACCGCAUGAACUGGAGUUUCUGCGCGACAACCAUGCCCACCGCCGGCUCGGCUUUGCCCAUGACCAGAUGGAGCGCUGGCUGGAGGCUCUUGAACUCGAUCUGGAACAGGUCACCGACCUGGUUCCGGGAGACGACACAGAAAACAACCUAACCGUUACGCUUUGGCUUGCCCGGGAUCGACGCAUCGUCACCGAUUGGCCCGCGCGCGACACGUCCCGAGAGGCCGCUCUAUCGCCAAUUACGGCGUCCUUUGAGUUCUUCCCUCCGAAGUCCGACAAGAUGGCUGAAACGCUCUGGGGCACGGUCAAGCGGCUGAAGCCGCUCAGCCCGUCCUUUGUUUCCGUAACCUACGGCGCAGGUGGUUCGACGCGGGAGCGGACCCACAAGACAGUCGAGCGCAUCCUGGGGGAAACUGACCUCAGCCCUGCUGCCCAUCUCACAUGCGUCGGCGCGUCUCGCGAAGAAGUCGAUGCCAUCAUCGAGGACUACUGGAAACUGGGUGUGCGCAAUCUGGUUGCACUGCGCGGGGAUCCGCUGGAAGGUAUCGGCAGUCGCUAUGUGCCCCGGGAGGAUGGCUAUGCCUAUGCUUCCGAUCUUGUGGCCGGGAUCAAGAAAAUUGCCGAUUUCGAUAUUUCCGUUUCCGGAUAUCCUGAAAAACACCCUGAAAGCGGCAGCUGGCAGAGUGAAAUAGACAACUUGAAACGCAAGGUUGAUGCGGGUGCGGACCGGAUCAUUACCCAGUAUUUCUUCGACAAUGACAUGUUCGAUGAUUAUCUGGAUCGGAUCGCAGCGGCCGGGAUCAACGUCCCGGUGAUUCCCGGCAUUCUGCCGAUCCACAAUUUCGAGCAGACCAUGGUGUUCUCGGCCAAAUGCGGAACCAGCAUUCCGUCAUGGCUCGCCCGCAGGUUUGCCGGCCUUCACAACGACCCGGAAACACGGAAACUCGUUGGCGUGGCGAUUGCCUGUGAACAGGUCAUGGAUCUGGUCGACCGAGGUAUCAACGACUUCCAUUUCUACACCAUGAACAGGGCUGAUCUGACCUACGCGAUCUGCCACAUGCUCGGCAUGGGACAGCAGGCACCGGAGAACAUGGCAGCCUGA